GUUCACUCUCACUCAUUUGCCAUCUUCUUGAGAAAUGAACCAUAUCACGCUGAAACUCCUUCUUGCUUCUGCUCUCAUUGUAGCUACAAGUGCGCACAACAUAACUGUGAAAGUAAAAGGUCAACUAAUAUGUUUGAAUAAACCUAACCUCGAGGUUUAUAUGGAGCUUCGCGAAGUUGAUAAAAAUAUGCCUGAUGAUACCCUAGCUUGGAAGUUUGUACCAGUGAUGCAGCCCUUUGAAAUCGAAGGUAGUCACGAUGAAUGGUUCAGCAUUAAACCAUAUCUGCGAAUUUUGCACAUGUGUCGUGAAUACAAAGAAGCGAUUAUUGUGAGAUUUGGAGAACGAACCAGUGAUACAACGAUAAAUAUAGAAUAUGAGAUUGGCAAUGGGUGA